GAUUUAUGAUCGUCUCGUAACCGCCGAAUAAAAUUCUAUUUAUAACCGCGGAAAAUUAGAAAUUAGAAGUAAGAACGCGAAAACAGUCGAAUUUUAAACACGUCUGAACUAAUUGACGGAAAUUACGGUGUUUUGCUUACACCGGCUCAAUUUUUGAAUUGUUACAAACGUGUGCCCAUUGUUGGUUUUAAUUAACAAUCGGCAAAAACAUGGAAAACGGGACUAGUGACAGUGAUAGUACCGAUGUUGAAAGUUUGAGUGACAGUGAUGAGAUCGAUGAAGGAAAAAAUGUGAAAAAUAGGACGAAAAGGGGAAUUGCGUGGUGCGGAGUGGAGGACGCUCCCAGUUCACACGCCUCUAUUUCCGCGCCCCAAAUUUCCUGGCCCCCCUCCAAUCCCAACUCAAACUGGCGCCAAUUGCGCCCUGUCCACUUCGGAAACCCGCUUUUCGGCACAAAAAUGCAGCUCUAUUCCAGAACUAGACACAACCUCGCCGUUUAUCCGGACGGCGAAGUGCGGGGAACCCCCGACGACGACGACUUGCACACUUAUUUGGAGGUAAUGUCGGCUGGGCACCCGGGCCACGUGCGCAUUAAGGGCCUUUUGACAAACCUCUACGUCGCCAUGGACCCCAAAGGGCGCUUGUACGGGGAGCCAGACAUGACGGACAAUUCUACCAUUUUUAUCGAGGCGUUUCAAGGCUCUUACAACACCUAUCUCUCCCUAAAGUACGCCCAUUUGGGGUGGUACAUCGGGAUAAAAAAAUCGGGGAAGUUCAAGCGCGGGCCCAAGACCAAGUACGGCCAAAAGGCGAUCAAGUUUUUACCGCGCAGAUCUCGCUUUCAAUGAAAACAGUAUUAGCAUUUGUUAUAUUUUUUACUCACAUUUGUGUAAUAUUCCACACGUGACUCAUUUUUAACAAUAAAUAUUGGCAGAUUUGUAA